GUGUAAUUAGCUAAUACGAGUCCGCUCUUGAUUCUUAAGACGGUACCAAUUUCGCUGAAACCAUAGAAAAAAUCCCUAUAAUCUGUAAUCUGUUGGUGGGUUUGAAUGGCGAGCAGCUGGAGAAGAACGUUGGGCAACGCGAGGUCCUUCGUGAGCAAUUCGAUGGGUGGUCUGAGGGGCGGAAGCAACCUUGCUUCGUGGGUGGUCGCCGGAACCCUAGCCUACUACCUCUGGAUCAAACCCUCACAAGACCUCAAACGCCAACAGCAGGAAAAAGCCGCACUUGCCGCCUCCGAAGCCGAUCCUUAUCGAUACGUUGAGACUCGAAAACCCGUCCCCGAUCCUCAGGUAACGGGUUUGAUAUACGGAAAAAGAAACGAGGACAGAGAAAGCAAAUCAGAGGAUUAGCAUGCACCAGCAGUUCUCGGAAAUGUUCAGCCAACAACAGUUCUUGGACAUGCUCUUCACACAACUUACCUACCAUUAUAUGGUCCUGAAAAUGGAGUCUUCACAUCACGGAAAACUUGGAAGAGAUGUAACUAGAAGAGAAGAUGAAGAAUAAUGCUGCGAAAAUAUUGGAGAAAAUAAUGUAAUAAAUAAGGUCUUGUAAAUAUUGGCAUAGUGUAUUAGCUAAUUGUGAUAUCCAACUUGUGUUUGGAUAAAGUUUUGCCUAAUUCUUGGGUAGAAUAAGAGCGUGACAUUCGAACACUCCUAGGUUUCUUUACAGAAAGUUCCCACAUCACCCCUUUGCCUGGUUAGCUCACGGUCACAAAGGCCUAAUAUAAAGGAACUCAGUAACUUUAUAACACAACUUAUUUGAAGAAAAUACGUGAGUGAGUUUCUCUCUCUCUAGAGAGUUUCUAAUCCUUUUGUUAGUGUCAAGUGACAAUUCUUUUAGCUGUGUUCUUUAGCUUAUCCAAGGUGGAAGGCCUUGAGGAGAUCAAGUUCAUCUCCUUUCUUUAACUUCAAGAGGAAGCCACAUGUUAUGGUGAGAUUUAAUUUCUUUUUUUGUUUCCAUUCUUGUUCUUUCCUUUUUAUUUUUUUUCUUGGAGAACAAUUUAGAGUAGCCUGGUUCAAGUGCAGACCAAGAUUUGACCAAGAACCAAGAAACCAAACUAAAUCCUCAAAGAGGCCAAGCAAGAAGACCAUUUGGCAUUUCCCCACCAAAUCACCACUGUAAUUGAAGAACCUACACCAUUCUUUUCCUCGCACGUUCAGAAAAACCCUACCAUGAACCCUACCAAAGAGUCAUCAAAGAAUCCAAUUUCCAACCUACAUUGAUCGUAGCUUGCACAAAUUUUUCUCACCAAUUCUUGGCUCUAAGAAUCAUCAAUGACUCUUCCAUGUUCUGACCUAAACCUUACAUAACUUUUCAGUCAUC